AUGUCUGAAAUAGAUAAAGUUCAAAGGGAUAAUGAUUCGACUUAUAAAAGUUCCUUGCUGCUGCUUCGCCUGGGCACUUUGGUGGUGUUAGCGUGCAUGUUGACGGUGCACCUGCGGUCUUUGAGGCUAUUUCGCUGGGAGCAGUCGGUGACGGGCGGAGUCGUCAUAGCAUUUUGUAUCGCCGAACUCGGCCUAGCGUUGUGCGCCGGCUCUACAAAUUGCCGCGGUCAUGCUAUCCAGGCAUAUUUAUGCGGCACCGGUGCUGCUUUAUUGGCGGUCAACGCUGGAGUCAUCUACCGGAGAUGGAAAAGUGCCAGCCAGCUGACGCACGUGGUGGCUGAGCUGCUCGGAGUGCUAGGAGUGCCUCUCAAGCGACAAGUCGUUAUAAAAGUGGCUCUCAGUGCGAUCGCGGCAACCUGCUUGCUUGUUGAUCUGUUUUUCGCACCUUAUUUUUUACGUGAUAGAAGUCUAUCAAAUAGCAAUUAA